AUGAUCAGCCGCGUCCUUCUGCUCGUGUGCCUGUGCCUCCGAGUCGCGAACUCUCUGCCGCCGGAUAAGGUCCCAAUCCACAUAAUUAAAACUCGUAGUAUAGACCUGAACAAUGCCCAUGGUCUAUCGAUGGAGACCCGUCUGGAUAAAGUGGUGGAACCCACAGGCUACAAACUCGACCUAGAACCUUACUUAGAAGACGGUAUUUUCAAAGGUCAUGUAGCCAUCAACGUGACCUGGCUGAUGGAUGGUAAUGAAGUUUUUUUGCAUUGCGCACAUGAAAUUGAGAUCUUGGAGUAUGAAGUUAGAGCUCAUUUUUCUGGAGAUGCUAAGGAACCGAAAAGGGUAACCAUAAGUAAAAUGUCAAUGGACCCGAAGAAGCCUAUUGUUACUCUAUCUCUCGAGAGGACAGUCCCUAAAGGUUCCACAGGAGUCCUGAAGUUCAGCUUCAAGGGUAAUCUGGAGACAUCUUCAACUGAAGCGUUCUUCAAAACAACUUAUGUGACUGAUCAGGAAGUAGAAAGGAUUAUAGCAGCUACUCAACUGCGUCCGAAUAACGCUCGUCGUAUGUUCCCGUGCUUUGAUGAGCCUGGGUACAAGACACCCUUCGAGCUUAGUGUAGUUCGUCCCAGAGACAUGGUGGCGCUGAGCAACGUGCCUGUGGCUAGAACUGAGAACAUUCCUGAUGAACCGGACGCGGUAUGUGACCACUUCGAGAAGACACCUCCAAUGUCUACGUUCACUCUUGGCCUAGUCAUAGCUAACCUGAAGCAGCUGGGCAACUCUACGCAACUUAAGGAUAAUAGUGGAAAUGAUAUUGAAAUUCGUGUCUGGGGUCGUCCCGAAUACUUGGAAGCUUUAGAAGGAAUCAAUGAGAAGGUAGUGCGAGUGUUCAAAGAGUUGGCUGCGUUCUGGCGAGUGCCCCUACCUCUGAAGAGGUUGGACAUCGUCGCCCUGCCCAACUACCAGGGAGUGAAGCCUGCUGAUAACUGGGGCCUGAUUGUGUUCAGGGAGAGUGACUUAAGUAGCCGUGGCUACAUCCAACUUGCUCAGGAGUUGUCAUACCAGUGGUUGGGAGCUCUCACUACGCCUGCUUGGUGGACUGAUGCCCACUUGAACAAGGCUCUCGUUGGUUAUGUCGCUGCUGCUACCGCUUUUAAGAUCAACAAUGGCUCAGAAAUGGAAGGCAAGUGGCCCCUAACCGUCCUAUACUCCCUGUACUACGAGUUCAGCAAGCGUUACCCUCACUCUCGCAUCACUGGUAUGAAGCAAGAGACAGCUUGCACCAAGAUUGAGCUGCUGUUCCGCAUGUUCAAUUACACCCUCGGAGAAGAGACCUUCAAGAACGGAAUUUGGCGGUUCUUGGAGUCUCGUAAAUUCAAGACAUUCUCUGGCGAUGACAUCUGGAACGCUUUGAAUGCGGCUGCAAGGGAAGCAAACAAGAUUCCUCAGGGAGUGGACAUCAAGACGAUGACCAAGAGCUGGAUUGAGAAAGACAGACUUCCUUUACUAAAUGUGCAAAGAAAUUAUAACGAUAAUACCGCUGUUGUGACUCAGAAAGUAUAUCUUCGUGAAAGACCACAUGACGUUCCCGAAGCUGCCAAGAUGUCGUGGUGGUUGCCAGUGGUGAUUGCCCAGGAGAGUACCUUGGACCUAAAAGACACUACUCCAGCAGCUUGGAUGAAGGACAGGUCACCUCUCACCAUCCCCAAUAUACCUGCUAAAGACAAGUUUAUUAUUGUCAACCCUGAGGAAAUUGCCCCCUACCCAGUAAACUAUGACCAAGACAAUUGGAAUCUGCUAUCCAACUUCUUGCAAAGUGAUAAAAGGAACAUGAUCCCCGAGCUGACGAGGGCCAAACUUCUCCAUGAUGCAUGGAAUCUGGCGUACGCUGGUGAGCUGUCUUUCGUGACUGCCUUCAACAUGACCCUGUUCUUGAAGAAUGAGAGACACCAUCUAGUGUGGGAUCCUGUGUUCACCAUGAUCGAUCAUCUUGGUAGACAUAUUUGCCAAUGUCUGCAUGGAAAGUUCCAGGCAUACGUUCGCGUACUCCUGAGUCCUCUAUAUGAGGAGCUGGCUAAAGACGAGAAGGAGGAUGAAGAACCUUGGCGCAAGCACCUCAGGUCACUGACGAAGACGUUCCUUUGCCAGGCUGGGUACAAACCCUGCAUCAGGGACGCUCAGGAACAGUACAGCAAGUGGAUGCAGGCUAAGAACCCUGAUGAGGGAAAUCCCCUAGCCAACCAGUAUAUCUGCCCAGUCUUCAAGUGGGGCACCAUGAAGGAAUGGGAGUUUGGUCUGCAAAGAGUGAUUAACUUCCCUCCUUCGAGGAAGCAAAGUGAGAGGACCUAUCUUCUGAAGACCUUGGCGGGAUGCCCUGAAUCAGAAGACAAGAUUAACAGGCUCUUGAACAUAACACUGCUUGAAGGCCAUGCCAACUUCACGGAGACUGAUGCGUUCUUAAUCUUCAGCAUGUUGACUGGAUCUGCCACUGGUUACACGACGCUGUUCCACUUCCUUAGCAAUAAUUGGGACGUUUUGAAGGAGAGGUACUCAAGCAGAACCAACCUAUGGGACAACCUGAUCACAUCAGCCACGUCACAGUUCACCACAGAGGAGGGGUUGGAACUGGUCUCUCAGCUCUACGUGACCCAUCAAGGCCAGUUUGCCUCCGCUGAACACAUCAUUGAGAAAUCCAUGAGGAACAUCAGGGAAGAAGCCAAGUGGUCAGCAGAAAACCUGCCCGUGAUUGAAGCGUGGUUAGACAAGUACCUGGCCAGUAGUGACGUCAAAGAUGACAAGUUUAUCCACAAGUGA